CUAUUCUUUUGGAAUUUUCACUCGAGAGUAACUUUAACAAUCAAAAACUCUGAAAUCUGAACCCAUACAUUGCAAUAUAUCAAAGUUACAAAACUUUAUGCUGUUUUUUGUGAAUUUGAGAGACACCCACAAAAAAAAAAAAUGGGAAGUUGUGUCUCGAAGCAAGGAAGCUUUGGGGGAUUUGCAAAGGAGGAGAAAAGGAAGAUUUUGAGGAGAAGAAGGAUAAUUAAAAGGAGGGUUUCUUCUCGUAAGCUUGAACAUGGGGAGCUUUGUGGUGCUUCUAAGGACUUUUCUCGUGCUAGUUCUGCAAUCCAAGUGACAGGAAGUGCGGACUUGGCAUGGUGGGAUUGUUUUUCGGUGUUUGAGUCUGAAGCGGACGAUGAUUUUUAUAGUCUAAAUGAUGAUGUGGUCUCUAUGACUGGCUCUGAAAUUGUAUCUGUAUUAAGUGUAUCUUCUCCAAGAGAUUUGAGUCUAACAAGCAAAACUGAAACUGUUACUUCAGUUCUUUCCUCUGGCCAACAACAGAAGUCGACGGAAAAAAACACUAAUUCUCAAUUGAAGGCGAAUGAUAAUCCCACUGAGGGGAGUCCUGUAUAUGUGGAUGAUAUUUCUAGUGAAAGUACUCGUGGGGAUGAAAAGCAAGUGGUGCAUCAUGUUGGACUUGCUGCACAUACUUGCUUGCCUUGUAUUCCUUCAACUGCCCUGUCACUAGAGAAAAAAAGAUCGUUUGGCCCAGGUACACUUAGUUCAAGGAGGAAAGCACAUCUGAAACUUUCCUUUAAGUGGAGGGACGGACAUGCCAAUCCAACAGUAGUUUCUCCCAAGGUGCCUUUGCAAAGACCAAUAGCUGGUACCUCAGUUCCAUACUGUCCGAAAGAGAAGGACAUGCCUGAUUGUUGGUCUCCUAUUGAGCCAAGUUCCUUCAAGGUCCGCGGCCACAAUUACUUUAGGGACAAAAAGAAGGAAUUUGCUUCAAACUCUGCAGCAUUUUAUCCCUUUGGAGUUGAUCUCUUCUUAUCUCAGCGCAAAAUUGAUCACAUUGCUCGUUUUGUGGAACUUCCUGUUUUUAAUUUAUCUGAAGAAAUUCCUUCUAUUCUUGUUGUAAAUAUUCAGGUUAACUUGAAGUAUGUCCAUUACAGAAGUAUGCUCAAAGUGUUGAUAGGCCCAAAUCUCUUUGUCCACGUGGGUAGGGACAGAAAUUUCUUCAUUGUCAGACAUACUCUCAUUUAUAUUGACAUUUUUCUUUACCUGCAGAUACCAUUGUACCCUGUUACGAUCUUUCAAAGUGAAAAUGAUGGAGAAGGAAUGAAUUUGGUUUUGUACUUUAAACUAUCUGAAAAUUACUUGAAAGAGCUCUCACUUCGGUUUCGAGAAAAUAUUAUAAGGUUAAUUAAUGAUGAGGUAGAGAGAGUUAAAGGCUUCCCGGUAGAUACUAUUGCACCUUUUAGGGAAAGAUUGAAAAUGAUGGGCCGAGUGGCAAAUCUGCAAGAUCUUCAUUUAAGCACAGCUGAGAAGAAGCUUAUGAAUGCUUAUAAUGAAAAGCCUGUUCUGUCACGUCCUCAGCAUGAGUUUUACUUGGGAGAAAACUACUUUGAGAUCGAUCUGGAUUUGCAUAGAUUUAGCUACAUCUCUAGAAAAGGCUUAGAAGCAUUCCAGGACAGAUAUAAGCUGUGUAUGCUGGAUUUUGGCUUGACAAUUCAGGGAAAUAAAGCUGAAGACUUGCCAGAGAGUAUACUAUGCUGCAUACGCUUGAAUCGAAUCAACUAUAGUAAUUACCAUCAACUACGGCUAUAAGCGAAGACCCUCGUUUACUAUUGCCAAUCAAUCAAUCAAUAGUUGAUCAAGAAUACAAUAAGUUCUUACCUUUUUGAUUUUUGCCCCCUUCUAAACCUUCAUUCCUUGUUUUGUCACAACCUAGAUUUUGCCUUGGUUUUAGGGUGCAUAUAAAACUUGUAACUUCCAAUUGUGAUAUGAGUGUAUUUUUUUUUUAUUUUUCAUUUGUAUAGAAAUAUUCGGAUGUACAGUUGUCACCAAGGUGAAGAAAGGAAAUAAAAGAAGAGGCACGAAAUAUCUAUACUAUAUAUUAUUAUCUAUUAAAAGUGACCUCAAUUUGGCCAA